AUGAAGGUAGCAUGCCACCUCCAUCUCAUCAUCGCUGGCGUCAUGUGCUCUGUAGUAGCCAUCGUUCUCGAAGCCCCGGCUACUGUCUUGAUAGAGAUCGAUGAGAUCCCGACCAGAGACUUCCGUGCCGACUUGGCGAGUGCUAUUAGGCAGAAUAGGAGCACAAAUUAUGUCAAGGAAAUCCUCCAAGAAUGGUCGUUGACAAGUUCAACUCUAUCAGCAAUAGGGGACGGGCUGGGCUUACCCCGUGAUAUUUCCAACACGGGUGGCACCCUCGACCUCAACAGUGAAGAUGCUUCCACUGGUCUGACUGCCAUUCAAGAGGCUGCGGCAAUGGGGCAGAGGGAUACGGUUCGAUUGCUUCUGCAGUAUCCUGGCGUUGAUAUCGAUGCUCGGACGGCGAGCGGGGAGACAGCUGCGUACAUGGUCAUACCACACCGCUGUGACAUCCUACCACUACUUGUUGAUGCUGGUGCUAGUCCAGUCGAAGGUUGGAGGUGGCGGAAGUCCCCUUUAGAGAAAGCAGUGGAGCAUGGCGCCUUAGACUGUCUACAGCUGCUCUCACGAAGGAGUACACAGUUCAUCAACGAUGCUGACGAGUUAACCGAGAUGAUCUGGGAGCCCGAGAUUGGGUCAACUCUGUCUCACGACGGCUACGUGGAAUUCAAAGUUAAUGUGAUGCGGAAAGCUAGCGGGCCGAGUACUAUAGAAAGCAAGAAGCGUUUGGCUGUACUACGUUACUUACACUUUGUUAAUUUCGACUCAUUUGCCGUGGACUUCACCUGGGGGGUCCUCAUCACGGUGAAAAUUCCGAGUGUUUAUGUUCCUCCAGGAGACAUGGACGACUUCUUUUCUCCUCACGAGACUUUACAAGACCGCCUUGAUAACAUCGAGGAUCGUCGGAUGUUGGUCCGAGUGAUCCACUAUAUGGAGAUGGGCUGUAUUACUGAUCGACCGGCCCUUGCGGCAUUUUUGGUCGCAGCGGCCGGUAUACGGAUCUUGGUCACCUUCUGUCUGGCGAGCCAGUCUAGUGAGGCACACCUCCUCGCAGCAUUCGGUCGAGGCAGGGAGAAGUCGAUUGAGAGUGAUAUACGGCUCGUGAUAGAGUCUUUGGAGGACGUGGAGGAAGCAACCCUAUUAUCAUCAGCAUUAGCAGCUAGGGAGAAGGCUCGGACCUGGCUCAUGGCGUUCUACUCCCGAGGGUACUGCUAUCCGAGGCAUUUGUCGCUCCUGCUACCUCUGGUUGUGGUCCUUAUAGCCUCAGUGAUUGCAGUAGCAUUCUCUGUUCACGGCCAGGGGCUCAGUCUUGGUAUAUUUCCUGCAGUGUAUAGAACCAGUGAAUCCCCAGUGGUUAUCUUUGGUCGGGCUGGCACUCUAGUGCGCUACUCGGCGGUCUGGAUGGAAACUCUAUUCAUUAUCGUUGCCGCUGAAAUCCUGUUCAACAUCUGCAGCAGUUUUGUUGUGGGCAUAGCGGCGGUACAGGCCCGCCUGGACGGCCAGAGGUCAGUUGGUGUGCUUUUGGGGAGGGACCUAUCUGUAUGCUUUGCAGUUUGUGUUGCUUUCGUCGACCAAGUCUCGGCCGAUCAGUGGAGACUGCUGCGGUGUCCACUGGGCUAUAUCUACUUGAUGUGGCUGGUGACCCUUAGCGCCGCGACCGCAUUCAACUCGGCACUGGCUUGUGAAGAGCUUCCUCUGAUCUUGCACUACUAUACUAAUAGCGUCGCUAUGUGCCUAUGGUGCACUGUGGCUUUUGGGUACUGCAGCGCAGUCGAACGCCCUCUCGUCGCGGCAGGGUGA